GGUUUGCCAAGAAGAUUGUAAAAAUCUACCUGAUUUCCGGAAGCAUAUGGAAGCUCACGGCAAGAGAUCUGAAAUAAGAUGUGGUGUUUGUAACAAAACCUUCAAGAGCGAUCGAGGCCUAGAAUGUCACAUAAGUACGCACAAAGAACUAAAGUUCCCUUGUGAGUAUUGUGGGAAAAUUUAUCCUUCGAUGUAUCGAAUCAAAAGACACAUCAAGAGAGCCCAUGUUCCAAACCACUGUGAAGAAUGCAAAGAGGUGUUUUAUGACAGGGCUCAGUAUACCAAACAUAUUAAGCAACACAAUGCAAAUAAGGUUUCCGAGUGUGAGUACUGCCAAAAACAAUUCGACAAAGCGAAGAAUUUGAGUGAACACAUCAGGCUCCAACACAAGCAAGAUGAAGAGAAGAAGAAGUGCUCUAUUUGUGGAAAGGAGUUCAUAAACAACGCUUUGCUCAAGAACCACGUUAAAACCCAUGACAAAUGUUUCAAGUGUCCACAUUGUGAUAGAUUUUUUUCAUCAAGAUAUAACCUAGAGACUCAUUCAGUUACACAUUCCGGAGCCAGAAAUCACAAAUGCACCAUCUGUGAUAAAAGCUACAGUACAAAGAGUAGCUUGAAAAAUCACAUAGCGACUCACAGCGAAGAACGUUUGUUUCAGUGUGAGCGCUGCGCAAAGACAUUCAAGACCUAUCGCAGGCUCUACGUUCAUAAAACUUCUCAUGCCACUGAAGAGAAAUAUCAAUGUGAAAUAUGUUUACAGAAAUUCAGAGUUAAGCAAUACCUCAAAUACCACAUGAACAAACAUUCCAACAACAAACCGUUCGAGUGUACUGUAUGCAAGAAACGAUUCAAGCACAAAAAAUCUAAAGAGAAGCACAUGCUUAUCGGCAAGCAUAAAUUCAAGGAAGAAAACGAGCACGACUGUGAUUUUUGCGAUGAAACUUUCCCCACUAGAGACUUACUUCUAGACCAUUUUUCUGCCGUCCAUCACGAGGAAAACAUUAUUAAUAAUCUAAGUGACUGCAAAGACGGAGAUGAAAGUAUGGAUGUAUUGGAAGAACCUGAGGAAAUCGUUUAUGCAAAUACGGUUAAGGAAGAGUGCGUAGGUGAAGGUGGUAUGUCGAGUAAAGCAGUCGAUUUUGAAAAUUACUAUACGGGUGAGUCAGUUUCUGUUGAAAACUGUACGAAUAAUUUAAUGGAGGUAUAGGGAUCUGAUUUGCAGAGAGGGUAUUUAUUGAUAGACCCAAUUACAAAAUAUUUCUAUAACUAUUUCAUUAAUUCAAUAUGUUCAAUAUGUUAAACAAGAAAUCAAUGAAAAUCUUAUCAUUUUUGUAUCUCAUACAGCUUGUGGACUAUAGAUUUGUUCUUAUAUCUUAAAGGCGGUUGAAGUGACAAAAUGACUGACUUUUAUAUAAAUAAUGAAUUGUCAAGUGCACCUCACCUUAUUCGUUUUCUAUAUGACGGUAUCAAAAAAGUCGGAUGAUAUUUGACUAACUUCUGUUGGCUGAUAAAAAAAAAUUGAGUUGACUUCUUUGUGUGUUCGUCAUUAGUAUCAGUUGUCACUUCAUUUAUUUUUUUGUAAUUAUCUUCAUUAUCAUUGAUUCGAUUAACUCCUAGUGAACUCUUGGUAGCCACUUCUUGAAUCCAAAAUCAUGGGAAAUAAACUGGAAACAUAAACGACAUACGACAACUGACACUAAGGACAAAUACACAGAGUAACAAAUUUGCAAACAAUUAAUUUAUUUCAGACAAGAUAUUGUCCGACACGGUCCAUUGAAUUAAAGCCUGAAUAAUUUUGAGGAUAUUAUAAAACCUCCAGGAAAGUUGUACAUUAACAUUAUUAAUGUUUUUUAGUUUGCAUCACAUAUUUUAUGAUGACGCUGUUUGUAAUGUAUAACUUUGAGUAAAUAUCUGAUAUUGCAUAAAUUUCAAAUAGAAACUUUCACGUCAGGUUUGAUCCUAUUGCCUAAAUAAAUAAAGUUUCAAAGAGGGUUUUUCAUAUAGAUAGAGUUUAUAUUGUUACAACUUGCUGUUUCACGGGCCUGGUUGAUUAGGUUCAUAUUUUCACUUUGUUUAAUUUUUGUCGUUGCAACUCCCAGGAAUAUGGUGUUUGGAAAUAAUAUUUUGCAUAGUACUGUGAACUACUUAUUAUUUUCAAGUUUUCAAUGCGUUUUCAGUUCUAAACAAUUUUUUUUGUUAGAGUAAUUAAUCUUGUUCCUCUUUCCUUUUUAACUUAUUCAAAAAAGCACUUCAAUGUGAGAUUUCAACUUGAAAGUUUAUAAAACCGCGACAUGUGUUUCGUUAUUAGACAAUAGCAUCUUUGGGCGCUUUGUGAUGUGGCUUAGUGUGACGCCCAAAGAGGAUAUUGUAUAGCGAAACAUGUGUCGCGGUUUUGUAAACUUUUAAGUGGAAAUCAUACAUGUAACUAUUUUUUUGAAUACGUUAUAUAUAAUUUUCAUCAAGUAAUGAUUGGUUCUAUCAUGUUUAUGUUUCCUUUUUGUCUAUUUCUUUUCAUUUUGUUUAUUUCACUGAGCAAGUGAAGCCUUUUGUAGUUAGUUGCUGCAGCUUCUAUCAUUUGCCAUAGUUUCUUUAUUAUUACGUCAGCACUACUGUCAAUGAAGUUAUUUUUUAUUAUAUUAUUAUUACUAUUAACUUGAGUGAUGAAUACUUUGGCCAGUUGUUUUGCUUCACGUUUCUUGAAAAUCGCCCUUAAAUUUUUCAUAUUGUAUUACAAUAAGAAAUUUCGGCUCCCAACCCUGCUCCCUUACAUCAGAACUGCACAUUUCACAAACAGGGUUGUAGUCGUCCUGAUGACUCAACUUGGGUGGUGUAUUAAGUUUUGGUUUCAAGGAGAAGUGUUUGGAUUGGAUUCAUUCUAUGUCAGAGGAUCCAGAUUUAUGGGAAAGGUUUUAUGUUUCUACUUC